GCAACACCACCAACCACUACCUACCACCAACUACUGCUAACACCCAACCCAAAACAUCUCCACCACCACCACUGCUGCUUCUGCCCAGCUACCACUGUCCAGAUCUCCUUCCACGACACCGCCUACAUCACACGCGACACCAUGGCCGAGAUUCGACGAAAGCUUGUUAUUGUCGGUGACGGCGCCUGUGGAAAGACGUGUCUGCUCAUCGUCUUCUCAAAGGGCACUUUCCCCGAGGUCUACGUCCCCACUGUUUUCGAAAACUACGUCGCCGAUGUCGAGGUGGACGGCAAGCACGUAGAGCUUGCCCUUUGGGAUACUGCUGGCCAGGAAGAUUACGACCGUCUCCGCCCCCUCUCCUACCCCGACUCGCACGUCAUCCUCAUCUGCUUCGCCGUCGACUCGCCCGAUUCUCUCGACAACGUCCAGGAAAAGUGGAUCUCCGAGGUCCUGCACUUCUGCCAGGGGCUUCCCAUCAUCCUCGUUGGAUGCAAGAAGGACUUGCGCUUUGACCAGAAGACGAUUGAGGAGCUGCACAAGACUUCGCAGAAGCCCGUCACACCCGAGCAGGCCGAGGAUGUCCGCAAGAAGAUUGGCGCCCAGAAGUACCUCGAGUGCUCAGCCAAGACAAACGAGGGUGUCAGGGAAGUGUUCGAGCACGCCACCCGCGCUGCUCUGUUGACCAGGAAAGAGAAGAAGACCAAGAAGUGCUUGAUCUUGUAAGCGCGGCAUACCGCACAUAGGUGGUUCAACCACCCCCAACCGCGCCUUUGUUGAGCGUCGACAAGCAACAAUAACUGUCGCGACUAUUGGGUGUGUAAUAGUCGUCUAUCCGAGAAAGAGGGCAAGACGUGCAAAAAAACAUGGCCGGCCGACGUUUGCAGACGAGUCGACUCUCGACGGGCUGCUCCCGGCCCAUCUCUCUCUCUUUCUCUAUCUCUCUCAUGGCACCUACACGAGGCGUUUACUGUGCUGGAUCUUUUGUGUGUUUGGGCCGUACAUCAUCUUGGGGUAGUUCAUGAUGGGGGUUAUCUUCUCCGAACGUGUGGAAUCGAGAUUGAGCAAAUGGUAGGAUUUUUCUAAUAAUCGGUGCUUUUUUUUGCUCUCUACUCCCGUGUCACUCUGGCAGCUUUGCCCUUUGAUUUGACUCUCUCAACGUAGUACAUGUGAUGAUGACUAUGCACCACUGUUCACUG